AUGAAUGUUUCUCUCAAAGACAUAAUUCCAAACAAAAACCCAUCAUAAUUCAAUCUAAACAAAAUUCGGUUUAAAAUCUCCAAAAAAGUGGAAUCCUACUGUCAAUGCAAUCAAAGAAACUGUCUGAUUUGUGCUCGUAAACGUUCUUCUUCGAUGUUAAGCAUGAAAAACUCGAUUGUGUAUGAUGAGAAUUCUCCUGUUUCCAAAUGCACUGUCGAACAACCAAAACCAAUCCAGCCAUUCAAUCGAUCCAUCUCCAGACAAUAAUCCAAUUACAUGGGGAGAGUCUCAGUCAAUGUCUCAGCUUCCACUAAUUCAACAAACAAUUAUGGCAGAACCAGGAAAACCUCGGUCGAGUCCUCCCCUCCCAAAGACAAUAUUAUUGGCAAGCACUCCUUUAAAUACCUCUACGUAAUUGGGAAAGGAGGCUUCGGAAAAGUGUGGAGAGUCGAGAUGAAAGCCAAUAAACAGGAGUUCGCAUUGAAAGAAAUGAUUAAAGCAAAGAUCAUAUCCAAACGAUCUGUUAAUUCAGUCAUGAAUGAGAAAUACCUUCUUGAGCAUCUCAAACAUCCUUUCCUUGUCAAUAUGCAUUACGCAUACCAAGAUAGAGAAAAUCUAUUCUUAGUUCUUGAUCUCCUAAGAGGAGGCGAUCUUCGUUAUCACAUUGGCCGAUAAAAGAGAUUCACCGAAGAAUAAACAAAGUUUUUUGUGUGUUGUAUCUUAUUGUCAUUGUAAUACUUGCAUUAAAAUGGUAUCAUCCACAGAGACAUCAAACCCGAGAAUUUGGUGUUUGAUAAGGAUGGCUACUUGAGAUUGACUGAUCUUGGAGUCGCACGAUUGAAUAAGGAUUCCUCAGCCAGUGAUACAUCAGGAACUCCUGGCUACAUGGCUCCUGAAGUCAUGUGUAGAAUGGAUCAUUCAUUCCCAGUAGACUAUUAUGCUGUCGGAGUCAUAGCAUUCGAAUUACUUCUUGGAAAACGUCCAUAUAAUGGAAGAAACAGAUAAGAAAUCAGAGAGUAGAUAUUGGCUAAACAAGUUUAAAUGAGAGAUGACAAAUACUCAGGCAAAGUUCAAGAUUUUAUAAACAGAUUAUUGAUACGUAAACCUUAAUAAAGAUUAGGCGCUUAGGGAAUACAUGAGUUGUUUGAACACCCUUGGCUAAGCAAUUACAAUUGGGGUAAAUUGUUAAACAAAGAGAUCCAAGCACCUUAUAUACCUGGAAACAUAGAUGGCAAUUUUGAUUACCAAAGCCAGAUAUCUGCUGAUUCGGAACCUUAAGAAGAAGCCUCAACCUUGCUAAGAAGAAAGAGUGUUUAAUGUUUAUUUGAAGGAUAUAAAUAUUUUUGA